AUGGGACCCGGCACGACCGGCCCGUGCCGCUACCAUCCCGGCGCGCCUGUCUUCCACGAAGGCCUCAAGUCGUGGUCUUGCUGCCAGGCGACCAACAAGCCCGUGCUGGACUUUGAGCAGUUCCUCCAGCUGCCGGGCUGUGCCGUCGCGGAUGCGCACACGGACGAGGCACAGGCACUGCCGGAGCAGCCGCGCAAGCCUGCGCCAGCUGAGCCCGAGCAGGUGGCGCAGUCGCUGAGCGCCAUCCAGCUCAGCGGCGACGCGCCCCAGACGCGCACAGCGCCCGCGCCACCCAAGGCGACCGAGCCUGCGCCUGAGCCGCGUGACCCCGAGACACUCACGUCCAUCGCCGCUGGCACGGCAUGCCGCCGCCCAGGCUGCGGAUUCGUCGCGGAGGCAGCGAUCCCAGCACGCGACCGGACGGCCGAGUCGUGCCGCUACCACCGGGGCACGCCGAUCUUCCACGAGGGCUCCAAGGGCUAUACGUGCUGCAAGCGCCGCGUCCUGCACUUCGACGACUUUCUGCAGAUCGAGCCGUGCACGACGGCAGAGCAUGGCCACCUGUUUGCCGUGCCCGAGCCGGACAAGGCACAAGUGUCGUGCCGCGUGGACCACUACGAGACGCCCGCCGACGUGCGUGUCACUGUAUACGCCAAAAACGUCGAUGCGGAGCAGAGCACGAUCGAAAUCCGCGAGUCCGAGGUUGUGCUGUCCCUGCUGCUUGCGCCAACGCCUUCGGUGCCCCAUGCGCGCCGAUUUGAGCGCACGCUGCAGCCCUUCGGCGACGUGGAUGCGGCAGCGUCGUCGUACACCCUCGGCAAGAUGAAGCUGGACAUGGUGCUCGUGAAGAAGGAACAGGGCACCAGCUGGCCUGCGCUCGAACGCGACGAGCCCGUGUACGGCUACGGCGUGACGUUUGGCCGCCGCUAG